AGCAACCCCGUUCCAUCAACGCUCCCUUCGAUUACAACCAGCGAAAUAAUUUUCCCGUCGGCCCAAUUGCGACUCCCGUGACUCGGACGCCCUCGAGCCGCUCAAACCAAUUCGUCAAGAUGCUCCGUACCGCCAUCCUCCGGUCUGCCGCUGUCGCGGCGCGCACCAUCGCCCGUCCCAUUCCCUCCGCCGCCGCGAGGAGGAUCGCCGUCGCCCCUGCCCCGAGAGUCUCGUCCUUCGUUCCCAAGACGGUUUCUUGGCAAGCGGUGCGGUGCUAUGCUUCCGGUGGCUCGCUCGACAGGACCGAGGUGUACGAGCGGAUCAAGCAGCUGCUGUCUGGCUUUGACAAGGUCAAUGAUCCCAGCAACAUUACCGAGACCGCCCACUUUGCGAACGACCUGGGCUUGGACAGCUUAGAUACGGUGGAGGUCGUGAUGGCUAUUGAGGAGGAGUUCAGCAUUGAGAUCCCUGACAAGGACGCCGACACCAUCCACAGCGUUGACAAGGCUAUUGAGUAUAUCCUCAGCCAGCCGGACGCCCACUAAAUAUCUCACAAAUUUUCUCGCCUGUACCAUAGCAUGAGCGCAGCAACGCGCACCAUACCACGCCGCUUCCUGGUCGGUUAGACGGUGCUGGAGUCGGGGGAUCACGAUAAUUUCUUGAUUGGGUUGGCUAUUAUGCGGAUACCUCUCUCGUGACACUAUUCCCCACGUCCCGAUGAACAAGAUGGCAAUGAUAUCCCCAUCGUCAUUGCCAUUGUAAGCGCUUCC